AUGGCGUCCCUCAAGGCCAAGGCCUGCUCGCCGCCCAUCAUCCGCAUCGCCAACGGCACCUUCUACCGGCGGCAUCCCAACUCGCACCAGCCCGGCCCGCACCCGCACCCGAACCCGCCGCUUUUCAACGGCCUCUCCUUCGAGCUGCCCUCGUCGACGCCGCCGCCGCCGGCCGGGCAGCACAACUGGUGCGUCGUCGGGCCCUCGCUCUCGGGCAAGACGACCUUCCUGCAGGCGCUCCGCGGCCGGCUGAUCUGCGAUCCGCCCACGGCGCGCUCGUUCCCGUACCUCUCGCAGGAUGGCGUGCCGUCGCGGCUGCGGAACCCGCAGACGGCGGUGCGCUACGUCGGCUUCGAUGCCGAGCAGGGCUCCGGACCGCUGGCAGGCAGCGCCGUCACGGCCUCGGCGUACCUGUCGGCGCGGUACGAGUCUCGGCGCGAGAUCACCGACUUUUCGCUUCGGGACUUUUUGCUGGGGAACACGGAGCUGAAUCCGCUCAAGUCGCCGCUGGGCGAGGAUGACGGAUCCAUCUCGACGGAGCUGCUGGAUCGUGUCGUCGGGGACCUGAAGCUCAGCCACCUCCUGGACCUGCCCGUCACGUUUCUCAGCAACGGCCAGGGCCGACGAGCCCGCAUUGCUCGUGCGCUGCUUAUGAGGCCAGAGGUCCUACUGCUUGACGAGCCGUUCAUGGGGCUCGAUCCCCCGACCGUUUCUGGUCUGAGCCCCUUGCUGCAGUCUCUGGCCGAAAAGGCAAGCCCGCGGCUGGUGCUGAGUGCCCGCCCGCAAGAUCCGCUACCUGAAUGGAUCACGCAUCUUAUCUACCUGCGGACGGACUGCCAGGUCGGGUCGAUGGGUCCAAAGGAAGUCGUGCUCGAUGGCCUGAAAAAGUAUGUGCGCGGCGUCAACAAGGGCGGCCUGGUCGAGGACGACAAGUUGCCCGUCCACGCUUUGCAGGACAUUGGCCGUGUCUUGUCGUCAGGCACGUCGUCUACAUCCGACGCGACUGCCACGCAAGCCACCUCGCAGGUGCUGAGCUCUACGAAUACAGACGCCGAGCCGCUGGUGGAAAUGGACGGCUGCCAGGUCCGCUACGGCGACAAGAUUGCGCUGGGGAACUGGUCACAGCAGACUGCGCAGGGCAACAAGGACGGCCUGAUAUGGACCGUCCGGCGAGGCGAGCGAUGGGGCGUCUUUGGCCCAAACGGCUCGGGCAAGACGACCAUUGUGUCUCUGCUGGGCUCGGACCACCCGCAGACCUACUCCAUGCCCAUCAAGCUCUUUGGGCGCAGCCGCCUGCCCGAGCCCGGGUCGGGUCAGUUGCCGCUCACGUUCUGGGACAUUCAGUCGCGCAUCGGCCACUCGAGCCCCGAGGUGCACCAGCACAUGCCGCGGAGCCACACGAUCCGACAGGUGGUGGAGAAUGCCUGGUCUGCGACGUUUGGUACGCCGCCGAAGCUGGACGGCGCGGCCAGGCAGAGGGUGGAUGCGGCGCUGCGCUGGUUCGCGCCAGAGCUGCGGCCCAACGCGGCGUCGACAUCCCCAGCGGCAGACGAGGACGGCGCGGACGACCUCUCGUGGGCAAACGAGUACGUGUUUGGGGAGAUUUCCUUUUCGGCACAGCGCGUGGCGCUCUUCAUCCGGGCCAUGAUCAAGGGCCCGGACGUGGUGGUGCUGGACGAAGCGUUCAGCGGCAUGGACGACGCGGUGCGGGACAAGUGCACGCGGUUCUUGGAGGAGGGCGCCCCGGGAGGGGGAGCAGGAGGAGGACAAUCGGCGGUGCCCGGGCUGACGGACCGGCAGGCGCUGAUUUGCAUCGCGCACGUCAAGGAGGAGGUGCCCGACUGCGUGCGCGAGUGGAUGUGCCUGCCCGAGGCCAACACGGGCCGGCCGGCGCGCUUCGGGCGGCUGGAGGGACCGCUGCGGGAGGACGAGGGGCGGUGGCAUGCGAUAUGGGGGUUCAAGGAGAACUAG